CAUGCCUUCUGUGUCGUUUCAUGGCGCCGGUGUUUGAGUUUUCUGAGGAUUAGGAAACAUAGGAGUCUAAUUAUACAAUUAAACGGGACCGCGUGAACAUGGGUCGCCACUCCUCGGACAGCGAGGACGAUGACCGCGGCAGGCGGAGGAGGAAGCAGAGACGUCGCUCCUCUUCCUCAUCCACUAGCUCAUCGGGGAGCCGAGUGACCAGCCGCAGCAAACAGUCCAGCCGGCGAAGUCGCACAAGCUCCCGGGACCGGGACAGGAGACGCAGGCAUCGCUCAACCAGCAGUUCCUCCAGAGGCUCCAGCCACAGGAGGCGGAGCCGCAGCGCUGACAGGGGGCGGAGCCACAGAUCCCGGAGGUCUCGCUCCCGCAGCCAUAAGAGGUCCCGUUCCCGACACCGUAGGUCCCGCAGUCGCAGCAGUGGGAGGUCGAGCAGGAGACGCAGUGGCAGUCGCAGCCAGCACAGGACUCGGGACAGGGGGCGGGACAGAGGACAGGACAAGGGGCGGGACCGAGAGGGGAACAAAGAAAAAGAUGCCAAAUCCAAGGCCAAAGCAGGGGAUACGGCGAGUAUUGCAGCCAGAUUAGAACAUCUGACGCCGGCUGUACAGGCCAAGGUCCGUCUCCAGCUGGCACUACAGGCUGCAGCUAAAACUGACGAGGUAAUGAAAGCAAAGGAACAGAAAGAAGCCGAGGCCAAACAGAUAAAGGAGGAGGAGGAGGUGUCUCUCGCUGAGCAGGUGAGGAGGAUCAAGGAUAUCGAGGCCAUCGAGAGUGACUCUUUUGUUCCUAAAGCUUUCAAAUCAUCCCGGGACUCCGGCAAGGUAACUGAACCCGUCGAGAUAAAGAAAGAGGUGGAGCCUAUAGACGUGCCUGCUGUGCUCGAGGAAGUCAUCUCCCUUCCGACUUCAAUCAAAUACAACAACAGCGACAUGCUCGCCCACCCCAGCCUGUUCCUGGACAAGGGCGAGGCGGAGACGCUCUGGCUAAAUCGACUCCUGUCACUGCGUCAGGAACGGCUCAUGGGGAGCCCCGUGCCCUGAGCCCGGUCUCUCCCCGGUCUCUCCCCGGUCUCUCCCCAGCCUUCCCACACACUCCACAGAAACACCACAUAUUUAUGUUUCCGUUUGCGUAGAACCAGGUGUGAUCUCUCUCUUGUUCAGCGGUGGUGAGUUUUGCCCCAGAGCUAAAACUGCUUUAUUGAGGGUCCUUCACGCUACAGACGGGUUAUUUCAUCACCUUUCAGGCUUCACAUCCUGACACUCUUCUGUGUGACCGCUUGCUGGUUACGAGAGUGAUGCCAGUAUUGUCGUGUUUCCUUUAAGGAUUUAAAAAUCCUAAAAAUCUGACCGUGAAGUUUCACAAAAAGUUGGAAUUGUUAUUUGGAAAAUCUAAAAUGAUGUUAUUCCAAAUUUUAGAGCAUCACACAAUAAUAAUCUGAAAUCUCACUGAAAUUCCCAACCUACUAUGUUGGAUUUUCUUGACUAGUUAGUCCUCCAGACCAGACGGAGCUGUAUAUGUAGUGUGUGUCCCUCUAAAUAGUCACGCAAAUUAAACUAAAAGGAAAAAUGUCUAAAUGCAAAUCAAACAUUUUAAAGGAAGUUAAGAUGUUUUUUUCUUAUUUUACAAAUGAAUGUCAUUAUACUUUAGAGUUUUUGGCCUCCCAGUGAAGGUAAAAGUGUUAUGAGGUCUUUGUUUUUUACAUUAAAUAUUUUGACUGUUCCACCUCAUUUUGCAGUUUUUGAUUUCUGUGAUGUUUUCAAAAUAAAAUCUCUCUCUCUUUUAA